AUGAAAGAAUCAAAUGAUUUAUCUAUUAAAUCAAAACAACGUUCAUUAAAACUUCAAUUAGGUGAUGGUUCAAUUCAAGAAAUUGAAUAUGAAACACCGAUUGAUCGUUAUGAUUUAUUACGUAUAAUAUAUCAUGAUCUUAAAUAUGAUGGAAUUUAUGAUUGGGAUAUAUUUUAUCAAUCAACAUUAUUUACUCGAACCGAUAAUGGUAUUACAAUAUUAUCCCCAAUAAGUUAUACUUCAGAUGAUAUUGUAUAUAUCCUAAUUUUACCUAACAAUAAAAAAAGUCCAUUAACAAGAUUCAAACAAUGGUUAUGGCCUACUUAA